AUGUCUCAAGAUCCUCAAAAUAUUGAUGAGUCCUUUAGUGUGGAUGAUAAAACACCUUUGUGGAUCUAUGUGAAAAAAACUGAGAAGAUUUCUGGAGGAGGAUCAUGGAGGUUUGAAUGCAAUUUUUGCAAUAAUUCAUAUGUUGGAUCUCAUUCUAGAGUUGUGACUCAUUUGAUACAAGAGGGAGUUAAAGGAAUUAAAGGAUGCUUGAAGGUAACUCCUCAACAAAGAGCUAACAUGAAAAAGCUACUUGAAGAAUGUAAGGAAAGGAUAAAGCGCUCAGCUCCUAAAGUAGUUCCAUUGCCUUCAUCAUCACGUAAAUCAUCUAGUUCUUCUCUUGAUUAUGAUAUGAGCUAUAAAGUUCCUAAUGCAAGUGAGUCUGAUUCAAAGAAGAGAAAAGGAAUGAGUCCUUUGGAAAAAGCUUUUCAGAAUGAAGAUAGGGAGCAAUGUGAUGGUGAGGUAGCUAGAAUGUUUUACACAGGUGGUUUGUCUUUCAACCUUGCAAGAAAUCCUCACUACCGCAACUCAUAUGUGCGUGCAUCACAAAUUCCAGGAUAUGUUCCACCUGGGUAUAAUGCAUUGAGAACUACACUUCUUCAGAAAGAAAGAAAGAAUAUUGACAUGCAUUUGCAGCAUUUGAAGAACACAUGGAAACAAAAAGGAGUUAGCAUAUGUAGUGAUGGUUGGUCAGAUCCACAGAGAAGACCAAUAUUCAACUUGAUUGCUGCAAAUGAGAGUGGUCCAAUGAUGUUAAGGGCGAUCAAUACUCAUGGUGAAACAAAAACUGGCGAGAUGAUUGCAGAGUUGAUCAUAGAAGGUGUAAAGGAGGUUGGACAUGAGAAUGUGGUUCAGAUAAUCACAGAUAAUGCUUCAAAUUGUGUCAAAGCUGGUUCACUUAUUUCAGCCAAGUUUCCUACUAUCUUUUGGACUCCAUGUGUAGUCCAUACUUUGAAUCUUGCUUUGAAGAACAUCUGUGCACCAACACUAACCACAAGAAACAAUGAAGAUGUGUUUGAUGCUUGCUACUGGAUAAAGAGUAUCAGUGAGGAUGUGACCUGGAUUAAGGUGAUGAUUGGUUCUCCCGCUACCACCCGCAAACGCAGCGUUUGCGGUUCGUAG